CAUAUAGAAAGGUUUAAACCUAUUAUUAUUUAAACCUCUUUUUUAAAAACUAUGGAGCCGUCUUUGGUAGCCGCUAGGGGCACCGGUUAAAAAUGUGGCUUUCUCAGCCUUACCCUCAGAAUUCCCAUUCAGCAGACCUGGGGUGUGGCUCAGGAUUCCCACCCCCCAUCUCCACCUUCCGACGGUAAUUAUAAUGCGUUUUGUCACUCCCUCAACUUGGACAACACUGAGGUUGAGACGUCUAAAUUUUUUUUUAAAGCGCCUGAGGAGAUCUGAUGCAGAGCCAAGGUUGAGAAGUGCGGCGGCAAGGUUGUGUUCUUUGUUCUCUAGCUUUACCAGCAUGGAAACCUUCAUCGGAAUCAUUCUGCGGUAUUGGAGUAAAGAAAACUAUAGCUUUCUGUGAAAAUGUCAGUUCUAAUAUCACAGAGUGUAAUAAAUUAUGUAGAAGAAGAAAACAUUCCUGCUUUGAAAGCUCUUCUUGAGAAAUGCAAAGAUGUUGAUGAGAGAAAUGAGUGUGGCCAGACUCCAUUGAUGAUAGCUGCUGAACAAGGCAAUCUGGAAAUAGUGAAAGAAUUAAUUAAGAAUGGCGCUAAUUGCAAUCUGGAAGAUUUGGAUAACUGGACAGCGCUUAUAUCAGCCUCAAAAGAAGGGCACCUGCACAUUGUAGAAGAACUGCUCAAGUGUGGGGCUAACUUGGAGCACCGGGAUAUGGGAGGAUGGACGGCUCUUAUGUGGGCAUGUUAUAAAGGCCGUACUGAAGUGGUUGAGCUGCUGCUUUCUCAUGGUGCCAAUCCAAGUGUUACUGGUCUGCAGUACAGUGUCUACCCAAUCAUUUGGGCAGCAGGCAGAGGCCAUGCUGAUAUAGUGCAACUUUUACUGCAAAAUGGUGCCAAGGUCAACUGCUCCGACAAGUAUGGAACCACCCCUUUGGUUUGGGCUGCACGAAAAGGUCAUUUGGAAUGUGUAAGACAUUUAUUGGCCAUGGGAGCUGAUGUUGAUCAAGAAGGAGCUAAUUCAAUGACUGCACUUAUUGUGGCAGUAAAAGGAGGCUACACACAGUCAGUGAAAGAAAUUUUGAAGCGAAAUCCAAAUGUAAAUUUAACAGAUAAGGAUGGAAAUACAGCUUUGAUGAUCGCAUCGAAGGAGGGACAUACAGAAAUUGUACAGGAUCUCCUUGACGCUGGGACAUAUGUGAACAUACCUGAUAGGAGUGGAGAUACUGUCUUAAUUGGUGCUGUCAGAGGUGGUCAUGUGGAAAUUGUUCGAGCACUUCUCCAAAAAUAUGCUGAUAUCGACAUUAGAGGACAGGACAAUAAAACUGCUUUGUAUUGGGCUGUUGAGAAAGGAAAUGCAACAAUGGUGAGAGACAUCUUACAGUGCAAUCCUGACACUGAAAUAUGCACAAAGGAUGGCGAAACACCCCUUAUAAAGGCUACCAAGAUGAGAAACAUAGAAGUGGUAGAGCUGCUGCUGGAUAAAGGAGCCAAAGUGUCUGCCGUCGAUAAGAAAGGAGACACCCCUCUGCACAUUGCUAUUCGUGGGAGGAGUCGGAAACUGGCAGAACUCCUUUUAAGAAACCCCAAAGAUGGACGGUUACUGUAUAGACCCAACAAAGCAGGCGAGACUCCCUACAAUAUUGACUGUAGCCAUCAGAAAAGCAUCUUAACUCAAAUAUUUGGAGCCAGACACUUGUCUCCUACCGAGACAGAUGGUGACAUGCUUGGUUACGAUCUGUACAGCAGUGCCCUGGCAGAUAUUCUCAGUGAGCCUACCAUGCAGCCGCCCAUUUGUGUGGGCCUUUAUGCACAGUGGGGAAGUGGUAAAUCCUUCUUACUCAAGAAACUAGAAGAUGAAAUGAAAACUUUUGCAGGACAACAGAUUGAACCUCUGUUUCAGUUUUCAUGGCUUGUGGUGUUUCUGACCCUGCUGCUUUGUGGAGGGCUUGGUUUAUUGUUUGCUUUUACAGUAGACCCAAAUCUUGGAAUUGCAGUGUCAUUGAGCUUCUUGGCUGUCUUGUAUAUAUUUUUUAUUGUCAUUUACUUUGGUGGACGGAGGGAAGGAGAGAGUUGGAAUUGGGCCUGGGUCCUCAGUACUAGAUUGGCAAGACAUAUCGGCUACUUGGAGCUCCUCCUCAAAUUGAUGUUUGUGAACCCACCUGAGCUGCCAGAGCAAACCACUAAAGCUCUGCCUGUGAGGUUUUUGUUUACAGAUUAUAAUAGACUGUCCAGCGUAGGUGGGGAAACUUCAAUGGCUGAAAUGAUCGCCACCCUCUCGGAUGCUUGUGAAAGAGAGUUUGGCUUUUUGGCAACCAGGCUUUUCCGAGUGUUCAAGACUGAAGAUACGCAGGGUAAAAAGAAAUGGAAAAAAACAUGUUGUCUCCCAUCUUUUGUCAUCUUCCUUUUCAUCUUUGGCUGCAUUAUUGCUGGGAUUACUCUUCUGGCUAUAUUCAGAGUUGACCCCAAGCAUAUGACAGUGAAUGCUGUCCUCAUAUCAAUUGCGUCCAUAGUGGGGUUGGCGUUUGUGCUUAACUGUCGAACAUGGUGGCAGGUGCUGGAUUCACUUCUGAAUUCUCAAAGGAAACGCCUCCAUAAUGCUGCCUCCAAACUGCACAAACUGAAGAGUGAAGGAUUCAUGAAAGUUCUUAAGUGUGAAGUGGAAUUGAUGGCCAGGAUGGCAAAAACCAUUGACAGCUUCACUCAGAAUCAGACAAGGCUGGUGGUUAUCAUCGAUGGAUUAGAUGCCUGUGAGCAGGACAAAGUACUCCAGAUGCUGGACACUGUCCGAGUUCUGUUUUCAAAAGGCCCAUUCAUCGCCAUUUUUGCAAGUGAUCCACAUAUUAUCAUAAAGGCAAUUAAUCAGAACCUCAAUAGUGUGCUUCGUGACUCAAAUAUCAAUGGGCAUGACUAUAUGCGCAAUAUAGUUCAUCUGCCCGUUUUCCUCAACAGUCGGGGACUAAGCAGUGCAAGAAAAUUUCUUGUGACUUCAACAACUAAUGGAGAUGUUCCAUGCUCGGAUAAUGCAGGGAUGCAGGAAGAUGCUGACAGAAGAGUUUCACAAAACAGCCUUGGAGAGAUGACAAAACUUGGUAGCAAGACGGCCCUUAAUAGACGGGACACUUACCGAAGAAGGCAGAUGCAGCGCACAAUAACCCGGCAGAUGUCCUUUGACCUCACAAAACUGCUGGUUACGGAGGACUGGUUCAGUGACAUAAGUCCCCAGACCAUGAGAAGACUGCUUAACAUUGUUUCUGUGACAGGACGAUUACUGAGAGCCAAUCAGAUAAGCUUCAACUGGGAUAGGCUUGCUAGCUGGAUCAAUCUAACUGAGCAGUGGCCGUACAGAACUUCAUGGCUCAUAUUGUAUUUGGAAGAGACUGAAGGUAUCCCAGAUCAAAUGACAUUAAAAACCAUCUAUGAAAGAAUAUCAAAGAAUAUUCCGACAACUAAAGAUGUUGAGCCACUGCUUGAAAUAGAUGGAGAUAUAAGAAAUUUUGAAGUGUUUUUAUCUUCAAGGACCCCAGUUCUUGUGGCUCGAGAUGUGAAAACCUUUUUGCCAUGCACUGUAAAUCUAGACCCCAAACUGCGGGAGAUUAUUGCAGACGUUCGAGCUGCAAGAGACCAGAUUAAUAUUGGAGGACUUGCAUAUCCUCCUCUACCUCUGCAUGAGCCUCCCCCUCGACCGCCAUCCGGCUACAGUCAGCCGGCUUCCGUCUGCUCUUCGUCCACCUCCUUCAAUGGGCCGUUUGGGGGAGGGGUUGUGUCGCCACAGCCUCAUAGCAGCUACUACAGCGGUAUGACGGGACCCCAGCACCCCUUCUACAACAGGCCAUUCUUUGCCCCCUACCUUUACACGCCAAGGUACUGCCCUGGCGGCUCCCACCAUCUCAUCUCACGUCCAUCAGUAAAAACGAAUUUGCCCAGAGAUCAGAGCAAUGGCCUAGAAGUUAUCAAGGAGGAUGCUGCUGAGGGCCUUUCUUCACCCACAGACUCCUCAAGGCCGUGUGACUCUGGGUUUAACAAACAGAGACAGGGAUCAGGCCCAGCCUCAGGUGCAGUGCCACUGAAUUCAAUGAACGUGGAUGCGGUUUGUGAGAAACUGAAACAAAUCGAAGGGCUGGACCAGAGCAUGCUGCCUCAGUACUGUGCAACCAUCAAAAAGGCAAACAUAAAUGGCCGUGUGUUGGCUCAGUGUAACAUUGAUGAACUGAAGAAGGAAAUGAAUAUGAAUUUUGGAGACUGGCAUCUUUUUAGAAGCACAAUAUUAGAAAUGCGAAAUGCAGAAAACCAGGUGGUCCCUGAAGACCCACGUUUACUGAGUGAAAACAGCAACUCUGUUCCUCACGGUGAACCUGCUCGUCGCUCUGCGCACAGCGAGCUGCCCCACACCGAGCUCUCCAGUCAGGCUCCCUACACCCUGAACUUCAGCUUUGAAGAGCUGAACACGCUCGGCCUGGACGAAGGGGCUCCUCGCCACAGCAACCUAAGUUGGCAGUCACAAACUCGCAGAACCCCAAGUCUUUCCAGUCUCACUUCCCAGGAUUCCAGUAUUGAAAUUUCAAAGCUUACUGAUAAGGUGCAGGCUGAGUAUAGAGACGCUUAUAGAGAGUACAUUGCUCAGAUGUCUCAGUUAGAAGGGGGCACAGGUUCCACAACCAUGAGUGGCAGGUCUUCUCCACACAGCACGUAUUACAUGGGUCAGAGUUCAUCCGGGGGUUCCAUUCACUCUAGUCUAGAACCCGAGAAAGGGAAGGAUAGUGAACCAAAGCAAGAUGAUACACGGAAGUCAUUUCUGAUGAAGAGGGGAGAUGUUAUAGAUUAUUCCUCAUCAGGAGUUUCCACCAAUGAUGCCUCACCCCUGGAUCCUAUUACCGAAGAAGAUGAAAAAUCCGAUCAGUCAGGCAGUAAGCUUCUCCCAGGCAAGAAGUCCUCAGAAAGGUCAAGUCUCUUCCAGACAGACCUGAAGCUGAAGGGAGGUGGACUGCGCUAUCAGAAACUCCCGAGUGAUGAAGACGAGUCCGGGACAGAAGAGUCAGACAACACUCCGCUGCUCAAAGACGACAAAGACAAGAAAGCUGAAGGGAAAGCAGAGAGAGCAUUGAAGUCUCCAGAGCACAGCACAGAGCCCAUUCGAACCUUCAUCAAGGCCAAAGAGUACUUGUCAGAUGCCCUCCUUGACAAAAAGGACUCCUCUGACUCGGGAGUGAGGUCCAAUGAGAGCUCACCCAACCACUCCCUUCACAACGAGGCGGCGGAUGACUCCCAGCUUGAAAAGGCCAACCUCAUAGAGCUUGAAGAUGACCCCCACAGCGGAAGACGGGGAGUCCCGCACAGCCUGAGUGGCCUGCCAGAUCCCCUCGUAGCCCGGAUGUCCAUUUGCUCUGAGGACAAGAAGAGCCCUUCCGAAUGCAGCUUGAUAGCCAGCAGCCCUGAGGAAAACUGGCCAGCAUGCCACAAAGCCUAUAACCUGAAUCGCACCCCUAGCACUGUGACCCUAAACAACAACAGUGCCCCAGCUAACAGAGCCAACCAGAAUUCCGAUGAGACAGAGGGGCUGAGGGAGAUGCCCCAAGUCCUCCUGAGGUCAGGCUCCAGUUCCCACUCCACCGCUCUGCAGAAUGAGAACCUGAAGAGUAUGGCGCACAAGCGAGGCCAGCGUUCGAGCUACACGAGGCUCUCAAAGGACUCUUCAGAGCUCCAUGCAGUAGCCUCCUCUGAUAGCACAGGCUUUGGAGAAGAAAGAGAGAGCAUUCUUUAAGAAGAACAAGCACAAGUAGAAUAGCAUUACUGUGCCCCUGUGACAGGACUGACCUGAGUUUUUAGUGACUCCAUCUGUGCAUGUUAUUUGUGUCCAUUUCACUCACAAAACCUUCAUGGAUGAGAAGAUCUUGGGUAAAAGAGACACAGCAGAGGGAAGUGUGAGAAAGCCUGGCUCAUCCGUCAGCCCCAUUGUCUUUGUACUUAGAAGUAUAAAAUCCCACUCUUGUUAUGACACCUUUCAUCGGCAUACAGCUGCAAGACAAGAUCUGAGUAUACAGAUAGGUCAGAGAGUUUAUUAAAUAUAAACUGAAUUUGCCAACAAAAGUAACAAGCUAGAGAUUCCUUUUGAGGAACAUUCAUUCACUAAAUAUUUGAGGGAAGACAUGCUGCUGAGUGAACCAGAAGCACAUUUUGCUCUUAAGGGGUGAUAAGUCAUGGAAUAGCCUCUAGAAACUAAAAGUUAAUGCUCUGUAAGUUGAGAACUGUGUUCUAUAUAACAGAUUGCUUAUCAAAGAGUUUAAAAAUUGUAAGUAGAAAAUAUAAAGAGGGCUUUAAAAGUUGAUAAAAGAGUGAGUCAACAGUGUCCAGAGUAGAGCCCCAGAAACUGGGCCCUUGUGAGCUGCUAGUAGGUUGGCCCGUGGGGCGGGGGGCAUCACCUCCCUAUGACCUAGAUGUCCUUCUUUCUAAAUCAGCAGACCUGUACCUAAAUCAGCAUAUGAAUUCUGGGGGAGGAUCAUAAGAAAUACUUCUAGAAAAAAGUUUAAAGACAUGUAACAAAGCAAGGGUAAAAAGAUGACUCUUGUGUGACUUUUCAUUUACUGAUAGUGGAGUUAAGAGAAUGGUCCCAUUGAAGUGUGGUGUGGACUGGAGAUGCCCCCUGCCAUCAUGUGUUGACAUCUUUUUGGCCUUUUUAACAUAACGUAUCCAUGUAGCACAAUAAUCUUCAGUCACAAAUAGGAUUGUAGAUGUUGAGAUCCUAGAUGAGCAGUUACCUAAAUGUGGUGUUACAUUUUUGACAUUUUCCACUUAACCGGAUUUUUAUUGACAUGCUGAAUGGUUUAUUUGACCAGUUCUUGCAUUAAAAAGUUGCCUCUUGUGGGUUUCGUUGCAUUGCUGUUUGAGUGUAAUCUAACAUUUCCAUGAAGCGUUUAUUUUGCAUGACCUUAACAAAUGUUUUAAUCAAUUAAAAAAGAAGGCAGAAUGUUGUUGACGAUCUGUGUUGAAAUGUUAACAUUUUAGUAUUUAUAGUGUUUAUUAGUUUGCAAUAUUGUGUAAUCAGCAGUUAUUUCAGGGGCAGUAUUUUGUUCCUUUUCAGGUGAGUAGAUACAGCUUAAUAUCAUUGUAGUGUAUUCUUUAUUCUGUUUGUGAAGUUAAUACAAGAGUAUUAAGUGUACAAAUAGAUUUAGAACACAAUAAAAAAAUUGCAUGCUAUUCUGAGUCAUGAAUUUUUAUUCACUGCAGUGAUGAUUCACAUUUUGAUUGAAAAUAAAAAAGUAAUUUGUGUGUUUGUUUUGUCAGAGGUCUAAAGCUCGUUGAAGAUGUUCAGGUUCACGUAGCAGUCACGCAGCUGGCAGGAGUGUCCUGAGUGACUCUCGCUGGCUUUGGGAGUGCAUGGCUGUUAGGUCCAGCGUCUCAAUGGUGCUUUUGUGAAGCAUAGCGCCCAAGCUCAGCUCUGUACCGUGCGUUUCUGUACCCACAAGAAGUGGGUUUUCCAGAUCCUGGGACGAUGUCAGUUUAAUUUGUUGCAUGAGCAUCCUGGAAAAAUUUGCUUUUUCACAGUGCUUUGGAAAUUGACAAACCAGAUGGGUUAUUGAGUCGCACCAUCAUCUCUUCAAGUUUGUGUGUGUGUGUGUGUGUGUGUGUGUGUGUGUGUGUGUGUGUGUGUAUCUGUAUCUAUUUAUAACCUGUAGCCCAGCCUGACUCUCACAUAUGCAAAACUUUGCUGUAAACUGGGUGAAAAAUGACAGAAAAGAAUCAGUGCUCUAAAUUUGCCAGUCCCUUAAGAGUCUGCCUCAGUUAGCGUCUUGCCGUGUUUUGUAAACUGUUUUACCUUUACUUUAAGCCACAGAUAGUUUUGUCCACAUAGCUAAUGUUAAGGCAGAUUCAUUGACCACAGACAUGUGGGGUGGUACCCGUGAGAAUGGCCUUGCUGUCGGAGAGACUGGAAAAGAACUGAUGCUCUCUCAGUUGAUACAGCUUUCAUGAUGCUGGGUGUUUAAGGAUCAGCUCUCAAAUUUGGGGAAACUUAAAAUUCCUAACAACCAUUUUCAGUAUUAACAUGAAAACUUGUUUUUGUCUUGUAUUUUAUUUAUGCAAGUUUUACACAGCAGUCAGAAUAAGUUUAAUUGCCUAGUCAAAUAAUUUUAGAAACUUAUUUGCUAAAAUUCUUAAAUUGAGAACUCUUUAGAUCACCUGCAUGCUAUAGUUCUGAGUGAAGUAUAUUUGUAAUCAUGAUUUUUUUUCCCUUACAAAUACUAAGUGUAUUAGAAAAUAUUUGUGAAUGAAAUUAAAUCUCUUAUCCUUCUGGCUAAAAUACUAAAUUUAAAAGGUUUUAAGAUUACAUAAUUUUUGGCUAUACCAGGAAUUCUCAGCCUGUUUAGAAGUAUCCUAGGUUAAAAAUCCCUGAAUUCCUGGUUAACUCUUGAGUAAAAUCAACACAGCUACCAGGAAAGGAGAACCAGAGGGCACUGUCCCUUCAACUUUAUGGAGUGACAUUGAGAAAAUAAGCUGGUAAAAGAAAGGAGCCAUGAAAUUAACUUCUUUGUACUUGAGACUGAAUAUAUCUAGGCUCCCUCACUGCUUGCCCUUCUGGAAUUAUGCUGACACUUGGCAGAAGGGAAGGAACAGCCGAUGGGACUUUUUUGCUUGGGGUAGGGGUGGAGGGGUGACCAGCCUGGGUGGGCUACCUGAAAUGAUUGCAUUUUUGAUUUCCAGGUUCUGGUGUCCCUAACCCUUCCCUAACUCAGAAUUCUAAGCAUAGGCCAUAAUUUUGUAAAUGAAUUGGGAAACAUAAAUUACUCUAAAUUGAGAGCCUCCCCUUGGAUGGUCUUUUAAUGGUUCAUCACUUCAGAGAGGUUGAGAAUCCUUGGUUGAGACUGAUUAACUAGAAGGCGAAUUUAAAAUCUUACAUAUCUUAAACCCUUUCAUGCCUAGGAAGAAAAUGCUGCCUUUGAGAUAGAUAGAUCUUCCGAGGGAUCCGGUUUAAGCUAAGGCAACAGGGGCUCUAGAUCUUAGUACCCUGCUCAUAGACCAUUCCUUCUGACAAUUCGGUUACCUUCUCACAGUUGUUGGCUCCUCACCAAAUACAAGGGGGUAAAGAAGAGACCACCUACUACUACUCAGUGAUCCUGCCUCCGGUUGGUUGGAGAAGAGA